CUUUGAACCAAAGGUACCCAAUCAAAUCAAGGGACAUACAAACUCACAAACCACUGCCAACUGACUAGAACUAGACAGUUGAGUGUCUAGACCUUCAUUCAUUGGAAACUACCAAACACCUGGAACACUAUCGGAAUAACAAGAAUCGAGCGCAAAGAAAUCAACUGGUUUAUGCUAGCAAUUGAAAAACAUAUUGGAUAUUGGAUGUGUGGUGUGGGAUUUUCAUUUUGCACGUUACGACGUAUUUCGCAGUUAUUUGUGGUCUGAUGGCUAAGUAUUUGGUUAAGUUGAUUGUAUCCGGUGCUCAAGUUUUUGGCCGAGCAUUCGUCCAGGCUGUCAAAGAAGAGUAUGUCGCCAGUCAAAGGGUCGCUGACGCCCGUCGAAGUACUGGGUCCAGUGGUCCUGGGCAAAAUACUUACGUCCAGAAUGCCGGAAUCUCAUUAGAAGAAGCAAAACAAAUAUUGAACGUCAAAGAUAUUCACGAUACAAAUACUCUAAAUAAACACUAUGAACACCUCUUUUCCUCCAACAGUAAAGAUAAAGGUGGAUCAUUCUACCUACAGUCAAAGGUAUUUCGAGCGAAGGAACGCAUUGAUGAGGAAUUACAAUUUGAACAGUCGGAACGGCGACAAAAUCCAAAAUCUAAGAGUAGUAACCAAUCAGGGACUUGAACAAAUAUGAAUGUGGAUGACGUUAUUGAAGACUCUGGUGAACAUGAAUAAACUUACAUCAUGAAUAUGUCUGCACUUCGAUAGAGCCAAACUUGUUGCAACACGUAAAUUGCCCAACCAUGUUUCACCUGCUCAAAAACGAAUUUCAUGAGUAAGAUAGUGUCAUAUUUUUAUACAAUCAUGUUUGAAUUGUAAAUCCCUAACCGCUUUACUUGAAUAAUAAUAAUAAUAUAAUACCACCAGAUUUA